CUCUGCCUGGGAAGAUGAGGAUCUUCUGUUGCUCUCCACUGGCCUGAGGAGAAGGAUGUUUUCCAGGAGCAGCAGUGUGCAGCUUGGUGGUCACUGGGGUUCUGUGAGGUGCCCCCACCUUCUCAGCAGAUGGCACAGAGCCCUGCAGUGAGCCUGUCCCCUGUCUCAGGACAGCUGGGUCAUGGCAGCAUCCAGAGGGAGGGAUGAGGAGCAUCACCAAUGCUCAGGACCAACGUGAAGGAUUGCACUGUUUCUUUCCACCUGAAGAAGUUUUCCAGGUGCUCUGAUAAGUGAAGCAGUUUGAAUUAAGCAGUACUGGUGCUCUGUGGUGAUGGUGGUGGGUUAACCAGCGGCUGCUUUCAGUCUUGAAAGAAGGGAGUUUGGAUGUCAUGAUAUCUUAGGAUUUCCUUAGAGGCUCAGUUGAAACAUUGUCUUAAUUAAUAAAAACAUACAGAGCCCAGUGGUUGGAAAGUGCAUGUUUUACCUUCAGAGGCACUUUGCUUCCUAUUUCAGGCCAUGCAGACUGAUAGAAAGACCUGUGUUCAGAAGGUGCAUCAAGAUUGCUUAAAUGUUUUUAAUAAAGUGAUGGUAGCCAAUAAAAAGGCUUACCAUUUUUUUCUGCAUAGAACAGUUAAUGCUAAUUAGUGGCAUUAAUUGUGGGGUUCUAAUGCAUUGUUGAUACAUUGUUUUUUUUAUUGGGAGAACACAAAUAAGAUUGUUUUAUCAUAUGUUAAAAUUUCUUAUGUCCUGGCAACUGCUUCUAAUUGCUCUUACAUUGUAUAUGCAUCACACUGAAAUGUGCCUUUUUAAAGCCUUUUUCUGCCUCUUUCAUUAAUGGUGAAGUGUUUUCAGUGCCUGUGUGUUGUAGGGCCAAACUCAGUAAAAUUUAAGUGCCUUUUUCCUCUGGGUGCAAGUUUCUCAUCUUCUUGUGCAAGUAUUGGAAGGAGAAAAUGGAAGGUUUGUGGUGCACAGGGGUGCAAACAGAACGAGUCCUCUAGGCCCGAGUUAAAUUAGCAGCUGCCAUCUCCUCUUUCAUAAUCUGCUCAAGGGUUUUGUAAAUGAGAAUAGAGUUUCUCAAUGAAAGAUUGGGGCUCUAUAUUUGUUGUUGUUUUUUUUUUUUUUAAUAUACUUCAAUGCCAUCAUCUAAACUUUGUUGGGCAAAUGGUUGAAGAAACAAAAAACCCGUGGGCAUUUGGUUGCCUGUUACCAAAGCAUCACUAAGGAACCUUUUUUUCUGUUUUGUGACAUAAGUCUGCAUUCAUUAACUGGUAUUUCUGUGGUGGUGGCUUCUGACCAGUGAAUGAUGCAAGUAAACAGUUCAGUGGGUCUGGUUGCAAUGACAGGCAGUAUCUAAUACCAGUAACAGAAAAGCACAAACUGGGGAUCCACCAGCACCCCACAUUUUCCCCUCCUGCCUUCGGGGCUUCCUCUUCCCUCUGGCAAUAUUUAUUUAUAUAUCUGAGCACUUACACCAUCCUGCUUCUGCUUUGGUCACAGGGAACUUCACAGUCCUUCCUUGGUUUCAUCUGGGUCUUAAUAAAGUUGUGUUCAGUGUCAGGGAUUCUGAACCUUUGUGACUUUUAAGGAACAAUCUGUAGAAAAAUUGAAUGUCCAGAUUGCUCACAUUUUGCAGUGGGGACAGGAGAAGCCCUGAGUUCUCUGAUGUCAUUACAGUGACCUAUUAUGCAGUUCCAAAAAGCAGAAACUCACAGAGGCCUUCUCUUUGCAUUUCCCCUUUUAUGUCUUUAAUUUUUUGGCUGUACUUCAAAUGAAAAUACUCUUUCCCAUUCCAUCUGCCAUGACUUAUUUUAUAUCUUAGCAGGUUUUUCUGUUGCCGUGCAGUUUUAUUUAUGUAGGCCUUUGCCUGGGUCAGUUGUCAGAGAAUUUUCUUUACGUAUCUGCUUCUCAUGUCUUGAGGAUUUAGGGACAUUUACUGGAAUGUCCUUUAAUGGACAUUUACAUAAUUAGGUUUAAAGCUGCUUGUGGAGAGGAGGGGAAUUUGGGAUCCAAACUCCAGAUGUUGUGGGCAGUUUCUAGUGGUAAUAUCUGCCAUAAUCUUGAAUGUGCCAGGUGCAGGAAAUUCCUUCUACCAAGGCUAGGCCCCACCAAAUGAGAUAAUUGUGAUUUCAGGUUGCUUCCGGAGUUUCCUGAGGGUAAGCAAUUAAGAGAUUGUUGUUAAAAAUAUUUUCAAUAAUGUCCUAAUUUUUCUAGUCUGUGUUUCAAAGGUCAUCAUGGAAGCUGGUGCUCUUGCUUCUGAUAGUUAGAAGUACAGGAAGGGAAUGAGCAGACAAAAUGGGAUGUGUAAGAUCCUGUUCAGAGCCUGGACUGCAGUCUGCCUUUGGGAGACAUGUGACAUUGUGAUAAAAGCAGGUGGAAGGGGAAUAAAAUUAUUAAGUGUUCAUGUGCUUUCACAAAUGCCAUAUGGGAUCCCUGUGAAAUCAUCUGGACAGGGAAUUGAAGCAGUGCUGGGUUUGUUUUUUUUUUAAGAUCUGCUCUAGUCCACAUCCAGCAGGGACUGGAGUUAUCCCACUGCAGUUGCAGGUCAGGCUGAUGACAGCUUUGAUCUGACACACUGGACCCAUCCGACACACCUCACCUGACUUGAUCUAUGUGGCAUUUUGGGCAGGGCCCUUGGUGGGUAUGGUGAGCUGGGGAAGAGGUUUGGAGUGGUUGGUGGGAUCUUGGUUAGAGGUCCUGCAUCCUACACUCUUCCCAGCACUCCCUGGCAUCUCCUCACCUGCUGUUCUUGAGGAGGAGGGAAGGGACCAUGAAAUCCACUGAAAUCUGAGGUGACCUCUUUCUGGGAAGCUAUAACCAGAAAUAUUCCUGUUUUAAAUUGAAUUUAAAAGCCAGAUUCAGUUACUGUUCAGAGCAACGAAUAGAUUUAAGUUCCAGGUCCAUUCUGAGCUGUUGUUCUUUGGGAACUUGAGGAAUAUUUCCCUUGUGAUGCCUAACAAGCUCUGUUGCACAGGGACCCUGCUUUCUCCACGUGUACAAUUCUGAGGUGUGUCUUGGAGUUUUUCUGGUCUGAGUGGUGAAGGAAAAUAGGGUCUGAAGCAUGUCUUUUCUUUAGAAAACUUAUUUUAUCAUUUUGGUGUUUGGUUUGACAAAUCACUGGUCAGUCAGUCCUUCUUUUGAAGGCUCUGAUGGUAUUGCUGGGAAAUAACAUUCUUGCUUGGAGGAGACCAUUUUUAUCACAGAGCAAAAUAAGUGCAUGUUCCAUAGAAGUAGUUUUGUCUGCACAGUAACUAGUGCAAAUAUUUAUUUUCCUUAAUGAAGUCUCACUUUUUCUUUUCCUACAAAGUUCCUGAUUUCCACACUCACUCACUUCAUUCUUGUUGCACUUUUAGAUUGGCACAGCAUUGGCUCUUCCUCCUUUGGGAAAACCUGGCAGUCAGAAUUAAUCAGAAGGUGUUUGGAAGGUGCACAGGGUAAUUUCCCAAGCCUACCUUACUAUUUCCCUGAGUGCUUUGGGUAACAGGGCCAGCAGCCAACAUGACUUUGUUCUUGGGCCUGGCGUGGAAUAUACGUUGUGUGCAACAUCCUGGAUGAUGAAAACCCAGCAUCUCCCGUGCUUGUCCUGUAAUGCACAGCUCCUUACCCUGGUUUCCUGCAGCUUAUCUAAAAAUGACAUUUCUUCCUGUGACUUGGUUUUUUGAUGUUUGCCAUAUAAAGGCCAGGGAGUCCUUCUUGCUGUUUAAAAGGAUCUGUGAUGACUUUCACUCCUCUUGCUGUUUUGAGGCUGUAAAUGUGUAGAUGUAUGAAAUAUUAUUUUUAAAUAACCCUAAAUGAGAAAAGGUGCUAUUUUACAACUGAUUUUGUUCCUGUUAAGGUUCUCCAGGAGGACAUAGCCUUGUUUUGGGGAAUACAUGUAGCGAUGACCCUGGUUUAACAUUGUACUGAUGGCAUCACAUCAGGGGUACAGGCAGAGUGAAGAGAUAUCUGUCACGCUCCAGUGUUAGUGAAAAUUAGAGGGAGAAAUAAAAACAUCAGUCAAAAACUAGGCAUAGGGUUUUCUGACUUUAUUGCCAGUUAUUUAGGUGGAAAAAAGACUAAGUGUGAUGAUUCCAUACUUUGUGCUGAAACUUAAAGGCCUUGGGAAUGGCCUUUGAUUAAGUGAUUAAAUUAUACCCCAGUAUAAUAGCGGCCUUUUGGUUUUAAGUCCUCUGAAAUGUGACUCCUGUAUGAAGACCUAGUGUAUAAAAUCUACAUGUGUUCUAAUUCUUGCCCAGUUACAGUGCUGGAAAACUCAAUUGCAAAUAAAGUCUGAACAUGGUUUUUCCUGACGUGUCAGGAUUUCAACCUAAGUCUAUGGUCUGAAAUUCAAGCUGUGUCUUUGCUUAUUAAAUCACCAGUGAGUUAGUGGGGAAAAUCAGUAGGACAAAUACAUUCUUUGGUGCCCUAUUACUUCUAAAUUAUGGAUUGGCUUUUUUUUUUUUUUCUUUUUAAGCAGCCAUGAAAUACUGUUGCCAGACUGAGUGAUGGAACUGAGGACAUCCUUCAUCAGGCAGUCUGCAGAUUAAAUGUAUGCAGAGUGAGAGAACAGGGGAAAUAAAUAUCAUUAUGGUUUGUGGGGGAGUAGUAUAAAAUAAAUCUUUUUGUUGGUGAAACCACACUGUAUGGUUAGAAAAUACCAAAGAGUUUGUCUUCUGUAAGAGAAUGCCAGUUAAAAUUAAAGCUGGUUUUAAUCCAGCCCUUUGAUUUGUUUGGGUAUUUGUAGCUGAAAAAGCUGACUCCAACAUACAGGGAGUGUACUGGGUAUCAUUCUGGGGAUAUGAGAAGAAUAUUGUGACAUUAACAUUGUAUUCAUAGGGAUGAAUUUGGGAUCACUAGGGAAUAAAUGUGUUCUGUACCCCAAGGUGCUUUCCUCUGUGAAUUACUGUGUGUUUGCCCCUUGACAUGGGCUCUGGUUUAAUGCACCUGAGAAGAAACAGAAAUAUUUGCAGUGGAGGCAUCACCUCUGGCAUCACCCAGCCUUCAAAAGGAACUUGGUUGUAUUUUCCUGCCAAAACAACAAGUAGAAGUUUUGAGUAAUACCAGCUGUGCUGGUCGGUUCAGAUUUUAUUGUGGAAUUCUGUGGUUUUGGCUCCUUUCAUGCUUCUGAAUGUCCAUGUGCUGGGGAUUUGAAUGGGGCAGGUAUGAAACUCAUCUCAUCGUGGCUUUUAGACCAUUUUCUGUAACGCCUGACACCACCCAGAGGGGAGAAACCUGUGGCAUGAAGUGAAGAAUGCCUUCCACUACAUGUAUAUCUAUAUAUGUCUAUUUCCUGGAGAUAGUCUCUGGGGGUAUUGGUUUGUUUGGGUUUUGCUCUCCCCUCCCAGUGGUCAGAGGGGUUUUACCUACAGCCUGUGCCCCACUUCUAAUCAGAGCACCCCUUGCUCCUGCUGAUGUUUUUUUGGUUUUGUUUUUAUUUAGGUUUUACAGUUGUUUUUUCAAGCCUAAAAUAUCUUUUACAACACCAAUUGCUCAGUUUCUGUGAGGAAGUGAAAUAAUCAAAUAGUCUCUUCCCCACCCUCCACAAAAACUGGGGAAAUCCAGUUGAGCAAUUAGGAGAAGUGAGGAUCUUUAGAUAUGCUUAAUUUUUUAACUUUGCAGAAGAAAUAAUCUCUGGAACUAAAGCCUUUGGACCUUAACUGAGUGGAUACAUGUGCUGCUUGAAUAAUUAUGCUUCACCUUAGGCUGGAGGACCUGAUUGGAUACAAGAGGAGAAUCAGUUUUAGAAGUGUGUGAACGUUCCUAUCACCUUAGAAUAUUCAAAAUAGACACCAGGGGCCACUUCUCUCCUCAGGUUAGCUCAAGAUGGCAGACCAGAGGCAACGCUCACUCUCUACCUCUGGGGAGUCCUUGUACCACGUGCUGGGGCUGGACAAAAAUGCCACUUCAGAUGAUAUCAAAAAGUCUUACAGGAAACUGGCAUUGAAAUAUCAUCCUGAUAAAAACCCUGAUAAUCCAGAGGCAGCAGAAAAAUUUAAAGAGAUCAAUAAUGCCCACGCAAUAUUGACCGAUGCCACAAAGCGGAACAUUUACGAUAAGUAUGGGUCUCUGGGGCUCUAUGUAGCUGAGCAGUUUGGUGAAGAAAAUGUGAACACAUACUUCGUGCUGUCCAGCUGGUGGGCAAAGGCCUUGUUUGUGUUCUGUGGGCUCAUCACAGGCUGCUACUGCUGCUGCUGUCUGUGCUGCUGCUGUAAUUGUUGCUGUGGGAAGUGUAAACCGAAACCUCCCGAAGGCGAAGAGCAGGAAUUCUACGUCUCUCCAGAGGACUUGGAGGCACAGUUGCAGUCAGAUGAAAGGGAGGCCUCAGACGCACCUAUUGUGAUACAGCCAGCAUCAGCCACAGAGACAACCCAGCUCACAGCUGACUCUCACCCCAGCUACCACACUGAUGGAUUUAAUUAAGUUAAGGAAACACUGUCAUUAGAAUGGAUAAAAAAAAAAUACAUGGCCAACUCAACACUAGAAUCAUGAACAUUAGAAGUAGAGAAUGGGGAGGGGGAAUAAUUCUGCCACAGUAAGAGGGCAGCUUUCCAACCUGCCGAAAAUAUUUUGUAAUCCCUUCAGCCUUUUGUCACCUUUCAGUGUCGUAUCUCGACGAUACGUGAAGUGCUGUAGCAUGCAGUAUUUAAAGCAGUUUAGCUACGGUCUUAUUUGUUUCCUUUCUUUUGUUUUUGUUUUUUUUUUCCUCCUGUUUUGUUUUGUUUUUUGUUUUUUUAUAGCAUGUAUGGAGUUAUGUUAAAUGUCUGUGGUGUAACGUAUUGAGUUGUCACAGUAUCAGUGCGGUGGAGACAUUCUGCAUUUUAAGCAGCAGUAUUGGCCUAAAAAUGAGAUUUAAAAAGUGUUACAGGAGCCACUGUUACAGUCUUCUGUACAGCUGAGCUGUCAAAGACCUUUAGAAGUUGAGGAUUUUCAUUUGAGUGCAACAAACCAAUUCUUUCAUUCCUCCUUCUAUUCCUGCGUUAUUAUCUAAGCAAGUUUACAAAGCCAAGAACCAAAAAAUGCCAGUCCUGCAGAGCUGGAGUCCUCUCUAAUGCUGGUUUUCAGCUUAAAUAAAUCUACCUUGAAAAAUAAAAAGGGAGAGUUGCCAAUCUUUGAACAGUAAAUUGAACAGCUCGUUGUGUAUGAGGCGAUCUCCAGUGACAAUGGAACCAAAACCAACUGGGAAUGGGCUCCUGUGGUGGUGGCAGUGGGAUUUUAACUCCAAGCACAAUUCUGUUUUGAUUUCAGUUCAGUUGUUUUACUGUAAUGCUAAAGACCAAAUAGUGCAGCUUUGUUUCUGAAUGCAUGAGAAUCUUAAAGUGAACCUGGUUAACUGGCUCUCACUGAGCAAAUGGUAAAAUGCAGACAGUAGGCAACAGCAGAAAUGUUUAAAAACAAUUGGUGUUUAAAAAAUUUGUUGUAAAAAUUUGAGACUUUAAUAGGCAAAUGGGGUAUUCCAUGUCUUUUUUUAGCUUUUAUAAUACACUAACCCUUUAAUUUAAUGAACAUCUUUGUGGAGUACUUAAAUGGGUUUUAAAGAACAAACCACCUUUCUUUGUGUUUAUAUUGUAUAAUUUGCACAUUGUCUUGCAUUUAGAUUUGUUUACACCAGUGUUUCUCUUUUCUUUGGAACAACUAUGUGGAAACCACUGAAAGGUUUCCUGUACUAUUUUGAAACCAAAUCAAGUCCGAAUUCUGUUCUAGAAACUGUGGUUUACUGAGGUUUAACUGUUACAAAGGCAUUUUAGGCAGCUGCUGAAUUACUGAUGUAUUUUGUUGUCAAUAGUCCUGCUUUAGGUGAUCCAGAGUCAGAUCUAGAACAGCUCCAGAGAACCCACACUUGGCACUUUCAGUGGGUAAUCACGGCCUCGUUAAUUUUAAUCAUUAUAUUUUUAUAUCACAAUGCCUCUACUGUCCCUUGUACCCCCAUCCCCCUGAUCUGUUUCCCCUCUUUCUGUGGAGGGGCUGUUGGGACCUUCCCCCCCGUCUGCUGCUCCCUCACCAGCUCCAGGUGGUGCUUUGAAGCAGGGUAAAGAUCCAUUGGUCUGCACAAAGACUGCCAGGAAAGGGCAGGGACCCAGAGAACAAUUCUGAAUAUCUUUUCCUGCUGUCUUUGCAUGAGCAACGUGAAAUCUGCCAUGAAACCAUGUUAAACGUGCUGGGUAGGAGAACAUGUUCUCCCCAGGGUCUCAGUGCUCAGUGAGGAGUGUUUGCACACCCAGACUUUGCUGUGGCUGUUGGUACAAGCACAUAUUUGCCUGCAUGGGAGCUUGCUGCAAAUCAGCAUGAUUUUAGCACCAUAUCCAGCCCCCAAAAUUCCCCAAAAAAUCUGUUACUUUUAAUUAAUGGGUCAAUUUCAGCAGCACACUCCUUAAGUCAUUUCUUCUUUGCCCCUAGUUCUUACAGACCUGAAAUGUGGUGGUUUAGUGCAAGAUACUUUUAUCUUUUCCUGUCUUGGAUGGCCUUGAGAACUUUUGUGUAUGAUUUGGCUUGAGGUCCUUAUUUAGUUAAUGUCUUUCUUUGACCCCUUGGAGCAAAAAGCCACUUUUAGGCUUAAACCCAAUAUCAUUUUGUCUGUCCCUUUAGAUUUUGCCUGCAGCCUGUUCUUGGUGUAAAAUUGCACUCUGGAAUAUGGUGGGGCAUGUGCAGGCUCUGUCCUCUCCACAUUCACUGGUUAAAAUUGCCUGUACCUGCAAAUUGUGUUCUUGGUAAAAAAAAAAAAAAGGUACUGAGGUUUUUUGGCUUUGUAAAUGAGUGUGGCUGAUCAGAGCAAGUCAGUGAAUGAGAGGGGCUCUUCCCUGGGAGCUGUUCCAUUCCCUGUCCCUGUGUUCAUCUCUCUGGAUAACACGGAGAUGGUUGUUGGGUGUUGCUCUGCUGCAGAGCAGCUUUGCCCCAAGUGCUGGGGGCUGGUUGUCGCUGUUAAUUUGGAAUAAUGCUCUUAUUUCUGAACCUCUCUGGGCUGUUUCCAGAGAAGUAGACAGACUGGUGGGCGGUUGUGGCUCCAGGGAGGUGUGUGACACACCUGGAGUCACUCUGCAGGCUCCUGGUAAGGGAACUGAAGUGUGGGCAGCACAUGAGGGCCAGAGGCAGAACAGUUAUCUGUGGGGAAAGAUGACAUCCAGGGUAAGUUUGCAGUUUUAGAUCUUUGCUUAGCAAGGGAUGAGUUUGGAGAGAGACUGCUUUCCUGUUGGUUCUGUCUGUGGGUGGUGUGUGAACAGGAAAUUACUCUGUUCCAUGCCAGAGUGAUGUUAGAUGCUCCAAGGGAAACCGUUCCGAGAUCUCACUUACAGAGAAUGAUGGGAAAACAGAAUUCUAGAGGAAUAUUCAUGUUUUUGGAAGCUCUUUCAAGUUUGCCCAUGUUACUGCCUAAUCUCUGAGUUUGGGAUUGUUGUGUAUCAGUGAAGUUCUUCUUGAACUAUGUAAGGAAGUGAUUUAAACAUUCCUUCUUUGAAGCCAAAACCGUGUCAUGGCACAUGAGUACAUUAAUGCCCACUUUUCCCCUCUUGGAGGGAAGGUGCAGGAGUACCCUGGGCUCUAACACGAGUUGCACUUCAUAAUGGCCAAGUAGAAUCCUAGUAAAUGCAAAGUUCUGUUGGGAAUAAUGGUUUAAAAUCUGGCAAAGAAGCUCAGACAGGAAUUCUGAGCUUGGGCAAGGGGAGUUGCAGCGUCCCAGUGCUGCAGCCUGACCUGGCUUAGUGCAGAAUGUUUCCCCCCAAAAUCAAACCUGACCACUGUCCAUCUCAGUCCAGUGUUUUGCCAGAAUUAAAACUUGAGCUUGGAUUUUAUUUAUUUAUUUGUUUCUUUAAAGUUGUAUCAUUUGUACAAGUUGCCUGAGUCCUCCAUUCCAGUCGUUCGGCCACCUCCAUCCAGCUCCUCCAACCUCUCCAGCACUGAUUUCCUUAGCACUUGUAGCUAAGGGUGAAUCCCAACUGGAGACUUUGGUGUUCAGGAUACUGAUUUAUCCCUGUGUUGCAUGGAGAGCCAUUCCUAGCUUAGGUGAGGAGGGAAAGCUGCUGCUGAGAGCGCUCAGGUGCUGGCUGUCCCUCCUGGCACAUGGAACUGCAGGAAAAGGAGGUGCUGGAUCUGUCCUGCCCAUCCUCCCUAGGGAUGGGAACAUCCUAAACGCACUGUACUGAAGGGGCAUUACACCCCUUAAAUGCCAGUCUCAUUUUGUUAGUGAUAUUUGUAGGAAAUUCUUAAAUAUUUAUCUGUAUAUAAAUUUAUGUGAGACCUCGGUGGCAUCCCAUAGGGUGUCGGUUUUUGCUGGUCCCAUGCAGUGAUGUUUUAGAGCCAUGUUCCCUUUUUAGUCUUCUUUUUAGAUUUGUAGUCUUUUAAAACUGCUUUAGAUAUUAGCACUCCUGGUGUUCUUAAAGUGGGAUCCUCUUGGAGGUUUGGAGGGGCAGAACUGAGGAGGAGGGCUUGGGCAUGGCACAGAAACACCCAGUCCUGCAGCAGGGCUGCGGUCGGGGGAGUGCAGCUCUCCCAACCCUUCCUGUCAGCCUGUAAACACCUCACACAGGUGUAACCAGGGCAGGAGCCUGACGGAAAAGCUAUUCCUGUCCCAUCUGUGAGGCAGUUCAGUGGUGUGGGGGGGACACCUGUGCACUCUGAGGGGCUGUUCAGAGCAUUUGUACCACGCACGCUCCUUGAGAGUGGCACCUGCUUCUCUCAACUACUUUGUGCCCUUCCUCUGGUGCCCUUUGAUCUUUUUGCCAAGUUCUGGAUAAUUUAGGAAAUUUAUGCUGCAGGUUUUUGUACCCAGUGCACCUAUAUCUUGGCAUCAUGUUUAACAGGUCACUCUGGCAGGGUGGUCAGGGCAGUUUGCAGCCCCCACCUCGUGUCAGUAAUUCCGAAUGGUGUUUAAAUGCAUUAAUCUUGGAGCACUGAACCAUAACCCCCCAGUUACAGUUUAUAGUGUCAAUAUAAACGUCACAUGCUUCAGCAUCUGGUGCUGCUUCUCUGUAUUCUAGUGGAGAUCAUCUAGUUUGUAGUGUCUCAUUGCACCAACAGCUGCUUAAAAUCUCUCGAAAGAAUCGUAGCCAGUAGCUCACCAGGUGGCAGGAAAUUUGUCAGUGUUCAGCUCCCGCAAGAUCCAUGGUCCCCUCCACGAGCUGCCUUUGGAGGCUUUCUGGGACUGUCUGGGACUCAGCAAGACUGCAAUUCCUGUGUUCUUCCAAGAAGACGCUUCCUUUACGAGGAGAAGCCGCGGGAGGGAAGCUGGCUGUCUGAUGUUUGCACAAGCCAAAUGCCAGAAAUCUGGAAGACGAACUUUCAUUCUGCCAAUGUUACAUGCACAGUUCAUUUUGGUGUUAAAAGGAUAGAUGCUGGGAAUUUCUGGUGGUUAUAUAUAUAUAUAUGUAUGUAUAUGUAUAGAGGAAGCUCUUAUAUAAACUGGCUGUUCAUUCCCGAGUGCCGUUGUCUUCUCUGCUCCCUCUCCCAGCCCUGUGGGUGUUCUCUUGCAGUCUGUGAGCGGUUGCUUGUCAUCCAUUCCGAAAAUUUAACAGUCUGCUUGAAUUCCAUGAGCUGCCCCUUGUCCCAGCUCCUCUGGCUGAAACAGAGCUCUGCCUGCUCCAGCUUUCCUUAGGAGGAGAGAAGGCAGAGCUGGCAGAGGGCACAGAGGCAGCUCUGGAGUUCUGGAGUGACUGAAACUUGUGCAGCUGGCACGUGGGGUGUUUAGAUGUGGCUAAUGUGCUCAUCACUGAAUUGGUGAUAGAACACAUGGAUUUGGGUUUUUUCCCUAGUUUUCAGCACAUUGGACUCCCCAGAACAGGGCUGGGUGAGCUCACAGAGCAAGGUCCACCCCGUGCUGAGGGCGUGGGCCGCAGCAUCACGUGUGUGUAUGUAUGUAUAUAUGCACAUAUGUAUAUAUUUAUACAACAGGUGUGCACCUUGGGUUUUUCUUUGGUGGUAAAAACGUGAGAUUUGGCUCCAAGUAGUGCUCUGAACUCAGCCAGACAGGGGGAAAGUGUGAGUUUUGUGUGGCCACAAAUUUGUGCUUCUUUGCUCUCAGCUGCAGGAAAACCCAAACCCGACCUGUGGAGUUGAGGGGCUGGUGAGGACAUGGUGAAGGAGCCUGUUGUAUAAAUAAAUGGGUCCUAGGAGCAGGAGAUGCUUCACCUGCUCGGGGAGUUCCCACAUGAGCAGCAAGGGGUUUGCACGGCCGGGCACUGUCCCUCCUCUUGCAGGUUGGUUCCAUAAGGACUUGGAGUUACUGAAAUUCCUACACCUGAAGCUGGCAGUGAUCCAUGUGAGGGAACAAGGGUUGUGGCUGAUGCACAUGUGAGUCCCACCAUGUCCCUUCUAGCCAUGCUGGAUAGAGUCACCACCGCCCUCCUCCUCCUCAGGCUGUUCCUGCCAGGGGCUGUUCCUGACACACAGCACACCAGGGGUUCCUGCUUCACGGCAGAAAUGGGGGAAUAUUGGGGAGAUUUUUACUGCUGGCACAGCUGAAGUUCUGUUUGUGACCAUCACGGCUGAUGAACUCCAAGUUUGCCAAUUCCAAACGCGCUGUUUCCAUGCUGGAUGCUGAGCUGAUGGCUGUCAUUCCUUCCUCCCUCUCAUCCCACCGUGUUCUGGCAGGGUGUGGAUGGGUCGGUUGGUGUCACUGCUGACAUCCCAGGCGGUUUAUGUUCAUUUUGCAUGUGAGCAAGGCCCUGAACCGUGUAAUUCCUCGUGAGGUUUGGUUUCCUGGCCCCUUUAUGGAGCCAGAGGGAGCUGAGGAUGCCGGGAGAGACUCGCCUGCAUUUGCACUGCACUUCAGCUCGGGCGGGGGUGGGGGAUAGAGGGAGCCCAUCUUUAAAAAAGAAAAAAAUAGUAAAAAAACCCCAAACCAAACCCACCACAAUUGAAGUAUAAAUGCAUCUGAGAAGCAAUUAUAAUAUAGACAUAUAUCUAUUUUGUUAUGUUACUAAAGGACCAUACUUUGAGUUGUCUGUAAGUAGACGUGGCUGUCUGAACUUCGUGGAUUGUAACACUCGAUACUACUGAGCUCCUGUACAUACCCGCGGCGACGGCAGAAGGAAUUAUUUUCUGUUUUAGCAUGGUAAUUUUGUGUCUUGUAUGUCCGAAUAUAAACUAAAAUAAAGAUUGCUAAGUUAUCGGAAACCACUGUUGUAAAAUAAAUGUUUUCAAUGCAGAAAUGCC